AUGGCCAUCGACGCAGCCAACGACAUGGAUGUCGACCAACAACAAAACAAUGCGGCCUUGAAACGAAAAGCUGACGUCGAGGAUGCGACGACGACAAGCGAGAACGGAGCGGCGAUGGACGAAGACGAGGACUUGAACGAACCUGGCCCUUCGUCGUUGAAGAAGCCAAGAUUGGGAUCUCCCAGACCUGUGGUUCUCGAUGAUUUUGAGACGGAAGCUAAGCGAGAAGUUGCAGCUAGCGCUGGUCUUACAGGGGCUGCAGAGACGAACUCGAGGUUGGAACUGAGGCAUCAGGUUCGCCACCAAGUCGCAGUUCCACCAGGAUACGACUACACUCCGAUUUCAAAACACGUUCCUCCGGCCAAAUGGGACAGGGAAUAUAAAUUCGAGCUGGAUCCUUUCCAGAGGGUGUCGGUCUAUGCGAUUCAGAGGAACGAGAGUGUUUUGGUUUCGGCGCAUACUAGUGCUGGAAAGACGGUUGUUGCGGAGUAUGCGAUUGCGCAGUGUUUGAAUAGGAAGCAGAGGGUUAUCUAUACCAGUCCUAUCAAGGCUUUGAGUAAUCAGAAGUAUCGAGAGAUGCUUGCCGAGUUUGGAGAUGUGGGUCUUAUGACUGGAGAUGUGACUAUCAACCCUUCAGCGAGCUGUCUCGUUAUGACUACCGAGAUUCUCCGGUCAAUGCUCUACCGCGGUUCCGAGAUCGUGCGUGAAGUCGCAUGGGUCAUUUUCGACGAAAUUCACUACAUGCGAGACGCGGAGCGAGGUGUUGUUUGGGAGGAAACUCUCAUUCUGUUGCCUCAUAGUGUUCGCUACGUCUUCCUCUCCGCCACGAUACCCAACGCCAUGCAGUUCGCGGAGUGGAUAUGUAAAUCCCAUGACCAACCUUGUCACGUCGUUUAUACCGACUUCCGACCCACGCCAUUGCAGCACUAUCUGUUCCCCGCUGGAGGAGAGGGCAUUUACCUGGUUGUGAACGAGAAGGGGGAGUUUAGGGACGAUAAUUUUGCCAAAGCUAUGGGCAAGAUUCAGGAGAAUAUGGCAGAUGACCCUGCAGAUCCGUUUGCUGGGAAGGGGAGGAAAGGGAAAUCGAAAAAGGGUGGUGAAAAGAAAGGCCCAUCCGACAUUUCAAAAAUCAUUAAAAUGAUCAUGGUCAAAAACUACAACCCUGUUAUCGUUUUCUCGUUCAGUAAACGAGAAUGUGAAGGCCUCGCGCUUACGCUCUCAAAGUUCGAGUUUACGAACCAGGAAGAGCAAGACCUGAUUGCUAACAUCUUCGAAAACGCCAUCGACAACCUUUCCAAGGAAGACCGGCAGCUCCCUCAAAUCGUCAACCUCCUCCCACUUUUAAAACGCGGAAUUGGAUUCCAUCAUGGUGGUCUUCUACCCAUCCUGAAAGAAGUCAUCGAGAUUCUCUUCCAAGAAGGUCUCAUCAAGGUGCUCUUCGCCACCGAAACCUUCUCCAUUGGUCUUAACAUGCCUGCUAAAACGGUCGUCUUCACUGCGACUCGCAAGUUUGACGGAAAGGACUUCCGCAAUAUCUCUGGAGGAGAGUAUAUUCAAAUGUCUGGGCGUGCUGGACGUCGAGGAUUGGACGACCGUGGUGUGGUGAUCAUGAUGUGCGAUGAAAAGCUGGAGCCUAGCGCAGCGAAGGGAAUGUUGAAGGGUGUGGCGGAUCGGUUGGACUCGGCGUUCCACUUGGGGUAUAACAUGAUUCUUAACCUCAUGAAGGUGGAGGGUAUCAGUCCCGAGUUUAUGCUCGAGAGGUGUUUCUUCCAGUUCCAGAGCAGUGCUGCUAUUCCACAACUCGAGGAUGAACUGAAGGCGGAACAGGAAGCGCAUAGGAAGAUCGUGGUACCCGACGAGGCUUUGGUCUCGCAGUACUACGACCUCCGCCAACAACUAGACCAAAUGGGAGCCGACUUUAGGGAAAUCGUAACUCAUCCUGCAUAUUCCUUACCUUUCAUGAAACCUGGACGGUUAGUGAAAGUCAAGCAUGGAAAACACGACUUUGGAUGGGGAAUCGUCGUCAACUACCAAAAGAGAACGCCUCCUCGGAACCGGCCAGGACCCAGUGUCGACAGCCUUCCACCACACGAGCAAUACGUCAUCGAUGUCCUCCUUAACCUCGCUUCUACCCACUCCCCCUCCGCCAAAGACCGCGAUGCCAUGGCUGCCACCCCAGAUGGCAUCCAGCCUUGUCCUCAAGGACAGAAGGGUGCCCCUCAAGUUGUACCUGUCCUCCUCUCCACCAUCGAUUCAAUAAGCCAUCUGCGAAUUGUUCUUCCCAAGGACUUGAGGCAAGAUCAAGCCAGGGAAACGGCAUGGAAGAGUGUGUUGGAGGUUCAAAGACGGUUCCCGAAAGGGAUUGCACUCUUGGACCCGGUGGAGAAUAUGAACAUCAAGGAUGAGAAGUUCAAGGAGUUGGUCAAGAAAAUCGCUGCGACUGAACAAAAACUAUUCUCUUCACCGUUGCAUAAAGAUCCUCGGCUUCCUGAACUCUACACCCUCUUCUCGCAGAAGAAGGAAUCGCUUGAACGCAUUUCAGCCCUCAAGAAGCGCAUCCAGAGCACGCAGGAUGUCCUUCAGAUGGAGGAACUGAAGUGUCGUAAGAGGGUGCUGAGGAAGCUGGGUUUCACGACAGCCAAUGACAUCGUCGAUGUGAAGGGUCGAGUAGCCUGUGAGAUCAGUUCGGGUGACGAGUUGUUGUUGACCGAGUUGAUCUUCAAUGGUGCUUUCAAUACACUGAAGCCGGAACAGUGUGCUGCGCUGUUGAGUUGCUUCGUGUUUGGAGAGAAGAGUGACCAGCAGACGAAGUUGACGGAAGAACUUACGGCUCCUCUGCGUGUCAUGCAAGAGCUUGCGAGGCGGAUAGCCAAGGUCUCGAAGGAAUCUUUACUCACCAUUGACGAAGACGAGUAUGUCUCGAGUUUCAAAGUUGAGUUGAUGGAGGCUGUCGUCCAAUGGUGCCGGGGCGCAUCGUUCUCUGAUAUCUGCAAGCUCACAGAUCAGCUUUUCGAAGGCUCUCUUAUUCGAGUCUUCCGCCGUCUGGGUGAGCUGCUGAGGCAGAUGGCUCAAGCUGCUAAUGUUAUUGGGAAUGAAGAGUUGAAGGAGAAGUUUGAGACGGCUUUGGAGAUGUUGGAGAGGCCGAACAGUGUUAUUUUCUGUUCGAGUUUGUAUCUGUAG